AUGGAGUCGCAAAAUUCUCUAUUUUUUAUCGCGGUUCUUGUUUUUCUAGUUGAUUUAUCCGUAGAGCAUUCUGAACACAGCUUUGGUGGACGCACACAUAGUGACCAGGAUGAUCAUAUCGCCUUCCUUGGAGAGAAGAUGGCCAAAGAAUUUGACAAACUUUCCCCUCAAGAGUCCAGGAGACGGCUCAGGUACCUCGUACAUGCCUUGCAUGAAAAAUCUUAAUGAGAACUUUAAUAAUUAUGAAACAUUUCUAGUUAAAUGUGCAAACUUUGCAACAAAAAUUGAUGUAUGAACUAUCGUUAUUUGGUGAAAAUCGGUUUUAAAAUAAAGGAGAGUACUGUUUUAAAAUUAAAAAAAAAAUUAAAUUGGUACAUAUUAUACCGGAAAAUUUAUUUGUCAACGAUGUGGAAGAAAAAAAUCGUAGAAUUUAUCACUACUGGGCAGUUGUUCGGUUUGAUCCUUGAGUAGCAUCUAAUUACGUAAAGUUUUUAUCUCGGCGAAAAUUUUCUCUGUGACUUGAACAACAGUGAUGUAUAUACCUCUUGGGUGAUUGCGCUUGUCAACUAAAACUGCUACUCAAGAGUAAUAAGCUUUAGUUCAGGUCAAUGAAUAAAAUUCUAAACUUAAUAGGAAACAAAAGCUUAGAUUAUUCCUCAAUAAAUUUGGAAGGAUUUAUUCCAAUUCACGAAAAAAAAAAUCAAUGACACGCAUGCUGUACGCUGCUCAUUAUCAUACUAAAAUAUCAUUUAGUAAGUAAAUAAAAACAGCUGUGUAAAUAUUCUAAAGCAUAUUGUGUCUUUCAAAUUUCACUCGUUUUGAUUUGCUUCAUAAAAUAAUUAUUCUGACACUAAACCUGCCUCUUUCAAUGCGUCACCAGUAAAUGUCCUUGAUAAGCCGUUAGCCAUGUCAGGAUCGUUAGCGCGUGGUGGCUUAUAUAAUAUUUCACCAUGAUAUGAACGUAUUUUAUUAGUUCUUCCCAAAAGAUAUUGUUUUUUUCUUAUUCAGAAUGCUAGUGCCCCGUAUUGAUAUCAACAAAGACGGCUUCGUAGAGGAGGCUGAGUUGGAGAUCUGGGUUCGACAUAAGAUGCAGAAGUGGACUGUUGAUGAGGACGUGGACGCCAUAUUCAGAGACCUGGACAUGAAUAACAAUGACAAGGUCACGUGGAAGGAGUACAUGACUAGAACAUUUGGAUUUACUGAGGAGGGUGGGUAUGAGUAACGCCAGGAGACGAGGGUCAAACUUGAUCCUCCCUUAGAAAUGAUAACGAGAAUUUCGAUAAAGUGUCUUUCGAGGCGGUCGCUGCGCUGUCCGUACGUCAUGACCUCGAGCCAAAAUUUCCCGUCCGGCCCUCCCACUUGGUUAAUAAGAACAUAGUAUUUUAAGCGGAGCCAAAAGGAUAGUUUUUCAAAUUUGCAAUUCAAGAUUACACUGAAUUUGUCCAAACUCUGUUCCUGUAAGUGACUGUUAAUUUAUCUUUUCCAUGCUGACACUGGAUUGAUUCGAACAAGACAGAUCGUAAAUAAUUUGAUUCGCUCGAGUGUUUGUUCCGUGGAAAAAGCAUAAUUUUUUGAUCGUCUUUGAACUUAAUAGUUUGGGAAAAUGGCAGCGAUGUCAGUGCGACAAAACUUUAGGCUGAACUUUUCGUUUUCGCGAGCAGUCCGUACUAUAGACAGUUUUGUCCAUACUAUUAAUUUCCUGCGAUAACAUUGUUCAUGACAAAACUAAACAAACUAUGUGGCCGAGGGAGGAUUGGGUCGAUACUUUUUCUUGCUGGUUUUUUCGUGGCGGCCAUGUCGUAAUGCGUAGGGGUCGGAACGCGAAGGGGUCGGAACAACAAACUUCAGACAUCAUUGACUUAUCUAUUUCUGUAUUACUGAAUUACAAAUCUAAUUUUCGACAGACGUGAUAUCUGUUCUCGUACCCCGCUAUGUGUUACAAAUAUACGUAUUUUACUCGCAUUAUUUAUCAAAUUCUACCUGCCUCGUGGAAAGAAACAACCAAUGAAAUUACAUAUUUAAUACAAUAUCAUCUGCAAUUUCCACGUGAAUGUUAAAGGAAAUGUCUCGUAUUAGAGGUAGUAAUGCGAUAAUUUCAGGGAACACACUUCGACCAGCAUUAGCCGCUAGUUUUUUCUUUGCCUGAUCUGAGGGGCGCCCUCUUUCACACAAGGUCAGUCUUGUUCACGAUGACUUGUCCUCAAAAAUAGAUCGAUUAGGGUCGAAAUAACUUUUUGCCGAUCUGAGUUUUCCCGGACUUGAUAAAGUGUUCGUUUGCACGCCAAGCGGACCUAUUUGGGAUGACUUUCCUCAGAGUCCUGAUCGAUAUCACUUUAGAUGCUCGUUUUACAAUAAUUUUUGUCAGACUGUCUUACUGACAGUCAUUUGUUAUAAAGUCGACAAACUAUUCUCAAAAAGGAUAUACGAUCAUUCAUGAGAUGAAACGAAAAAAAAAGGACCUUAAAGAAUACUGAGAAAAUUGAUAGCUGGCAGAAGCCAAGAUGACUCAGGAGAGCAAGUCACAACAACAACGGCCGUGCACUCAGACUAAACAACGUGUACUCUACUUCUAUUUUGAUAAAUGUGAAGCACAUGUAUCGAGAUUUAUCGUAACAUUUUUCUUUUUCCAAAAAAAAUCUUAGUUACCUCAAAUUUUCAUGAUGGUAAUAGCAUGUGUGUCCUCACUCACAAUAAAAUUGUGAUUUCUGCCAAACCGUUUCAACCGAUGCCAUUCAAAGUGUUCUUGACGUGAAGCUCUUUCUAUGCUAUUUUAAGUGAACUGGGUCCCAAGGGCCAUAAAUAUCAGAGACAAAAAUGCGGAACUAAAAUUUGGGGCUAGCCUACCGUAUUUAUUCGAAUAUAAGCCGACCGAUUUUUACAUAAAUUAAAACUGAAGCGAAUUAAAAUUUGGGCUCUAGAGGGGGUCUCGACUUAUAGCCGAAAGUUUUUGAAAAAAAAUGUUUCCAGCGCAUGGAAACUCAACUCAUUCGGGAUGUAUUUACUUGUUAGCCGAGCUAAAGUAAAAAACACAAUAUGCAAUCAUUGGUUAUUAACUUUUAAUUUGAAUUCGAGUGUGCGACUAGAUGGUAGUUCGAACCGCAUCGGUGUCUCGUCUAUGUUAAAGAUUCUUGAUAGGGAAUAACCGUGACGCUGACGGAAUGUGAUUACAAAUUGAUGGAACUUGACUGUUUGCUGCCCUAAAUCUUCUGGGAGACGCUGAGCGAGUGUUGUUUCGGACCGAAGGUUGACGGAAUGGCGGCGCUUUCACUUCUGGUACCAGCUGAGGGACGCUUUAAACUCGGGAUCCUCGCUGAAUUCUUUUGUCUUUAGACGUAGCAUCAAUCCACUAACAGCUAUUCCUAAGCAAAACGAAGUGAGAAGGUCACCAUAUGAUCAAAAGGAUAAAAACUAGACACUUCUUGAAUUUAUUUUGACACUUGUGAAAACUGGCCAAUGAGAAUCUUUCUUACACAAUUUUGUCACAUGAUACUACAAUACUACGAGUCACACAUUCAACUUCAGCUGAUUGAUUUACUUCUUGAUCAUUCCUCUGUUGAUUCAAAAUACAAAAUCAAUGUUUGACAAAAAACUUAGCUUCUCUGCUCUGUCAACCAUUCCAGUAUUCUUUGAUCGAGCUCCGGAUACUUCGGCGUGAAGCAUGCCAUCGUCUUCCGUUUCGCUGACAAUUUAAUGUCGCCGUUAAAAAAGGUUGGCUUGAUCUUUACUCCAGCGACGGACCAUGGACUCACUGAUGCCAUUUCAGAGUUAUUUUCAACAGCCUCUGCUUCGGCGACUAUUUUAAGUUUAAACGCGAGGUUGUAUGACGCGUGACGUGCCUUAAGCAUGAUGACAACUCCACUUGAAAUAAACGAUUGCGAACACGUUUGAUAGACACUACGGAUGUGUAGGUACCGGUAUUGCCGCUUAACAGCACAAUUAGGUUUAAAUUGAUUUUUUGGAUCACAUCAAUUCAUGUUAUGAUUCGUUGCUUUUCAAUUGAAUAGUUAGCUUUUUUGUCCUUUGCAUAUUAAAUCACCAUAAAUCACCAUCGUCUAAGCCUCAUUUAUGACAAUUAAUGUGAUUUUUUUUCAAAAAAUGUUAGGUUUCCCCAUAGUCAACAAUUGAGUCUUGUAAUAAUGAAUGGGUCUCGGCUAAUUGCCGGUUGUUUUCGAUUUAUUUUUGGUUCUUGUUAUGCCGAGUCUACACGUACAAAGUUUGGGGUCACGGCUUACAGCCGAAUAAAUACGGUAAGUAUUAAAAAUUGGACCGUGACGCUAUGUUUCAUGACAUCAUUGUUUAGACAAAACUGUCUAUGGCCCAGACUGACGAAACAUGCAUCACCAAUGCCUGAUCUGCUAUGUGCUUCCGUUUUAGAGCAAUUUUCAAUUGCGUGUCGAAGGUGAUCCGGGAUUGCUUUGAUUUUACUUAACUUUGCUCUGUAAAUGGUUCGAAAAAACUUGCGCCAUCCCCAGAACCGAUCAGAUACCGUUUGCUUCUUUUUACUUUGAGUUCUCAUUGGCUUAUGAUUAUGUAAACCUUUGCUCUGAUUGAUCGCUGCAAUUACUUUGGUUAUGGUUUUUAAACAGUCAAUUGUCAAUUGCACUAAUAUCUUUCGACUUUCCUUUUUUACCAAUCAAUGACAUUUUUGUCACACAGACAUGCACAUUAAAUGGGAAAGAUCAAAUCUGGAAAAGUAUGUCUUGUUUGAUAAGAAGAAAUGGCGGUACAGUGACCAAGACAAAGAUGGUAUGCUAAACAGGCAGGAGUACGAAUAUUUUCACCAUCCAAAAGAACAUGAAAUCAUGUUGCCCUAUAUUGCUGUGGUGAGUAAACCGGUUUUCCUUGUUUGGUUUUCAUGGUUUUUUUUGACACCCUAACAUCAGUAUGCACGUUCUCCAUACUCUUCUCUAUACAUUUUAUAAGUUACUGACAAGCAGAAUUUAUUUACCAAUCAAGAGUUUCUUUAGCUAGUGAUCGUUUUCUUUAUUCUCGGGACCUCAAUAUGUGAUUCAGCUGUGAUAUUGUAAGGAGAAACUGGAUGCAAGUCACUUUUAGGGACCAAAGGGUUAAAACAUCGUUAAGAAACCAGGCAAUUCACACUAACGCUAUCGUUUUUUCCCAGGAAAUACUCGAUCGAUAUGAUAAGGACGAAGAUGGUCGCCUAUCUUUGGACGAAUAUUUGGGUAAAUGAUUUAGAUAAGUAGUCUUAGUUAUUGAAUUUCAAUGAUGAUAAUCAUUAAAUGAAAUGUAACUAAUACAUGCCCUUGUGUGGGAUGUAAACUUAUAUUAAGGUGCUAUUACGCUGGCCUUGUCAAACGCCGUACUUAAUGUUCGCUCUACCAAAUAAACUAUAUGAAGUGAAGACAUGGGAGAUGGUGCAUACGAAACUGGAUCACAUUACAUAAACAUACGUACAUACAUAACCAUCACUUCAAGCCUGGAUGCGGCGUCUGCAUACACACUUGUAAGGGUCCAAUCAAUAGCGCUGUUUAAUCCACCACUCGUAAAUUCAUUAAUUUGAAGUGAUCGAGUCGAUUCAAAUGAGUAUUUUCUAGUCACUUCCGACGAGUACGAAUUAUGAAUAGAGUUUGCUAUUAUACAACACUGUUCUCCAUUUGAAAUCUGCCGCAUCGAACAAUUUCCACAGCACAAGAGAAGCGUUUGAAACCUGUCUAGCUUCCUCCUAACAAUAAAUUUUUACCUGAGUAAUUUCCAGUUUUUAAGUAACAGCACGCUAGUGACACAGUUUUCAAUUUCAUCUUGCAGCCUACAUCGAUAUGCCAGCAUUCAAUACCCUGUACAUAGCGGACUUCAAUGAAAAAUACGACGUCGACCACGAUGGAUUCCUUAACCUGGUAAGAGGCAAAACUGUAAUGUCCAGCUGCCUCGCUAACUUUUUGAUUACCAAGUUCAGUUAAGUUUGUGGAUUUUUUAGCACGUCCCCUCAUUUUGGAUUCUAACAUUCGCAAGGCAGUAACACUUUCUUGAUCAUUGCUAAUAAUACUUUUCAGAAAGAAAUGGAAGAAUGGAGAAGGCCGAAAAACUUUAACAAAGCGCUGGGAGAGGCUCAGCAUUUAAUAGAGUAUGCAGACAUGAAUAAGGUAAUUAUGGACAAUCCUACUUCAACAAGUAUUCCGGGACUGCGUUUGUUUUGCUUCAACACGCUACGUAAUCAGUCCAGAAACUUGCGCUAGUCUCAGCCAAUCAGAUGCAAACCUUAAACCAAUCACCACUCGGCCACCCGCGCUUUCCCGCGCUUUCCCGCGCUUUCCCGCGCUCAAGGUGUUUGCACUUUGACUUAUCAUUUAGCUCUUUAGGGUAUUUUCUGUUUUCAGAUUGGCUGUUGGGAUUAUUCUGGUUUUUUUUUUACGACUUUCAAUCGAAAAGUUCUCUUACACUCGAUGGAAUGUAGUAAAACCAAAACCGAAGUGAUCUCAGCAGCCAAUCACAACAAGGGUAAAAAUCACUUGGAGCCAACCAGAACUCGUAAAUCCAAGUUAACUGUCUGAAGUGUAGGAAAAUUUGAGAUACCAAGUCACCAUUGGUUAAAGCUUUGAAUUUGCUUGGUUGAGAAAAAGGCGCCGGUUGUUGGAAGAGAAAUACAGCUAGAUUGAGCAAAACCUAAGCAGUCCUGGAUUUCUUUUUAACAUUCGAUUGAAAAUUGCGCAUACGACAUUAGAUGUAUCUUUGUUAACGUUAUCCUUGCUAGUCUAUAGCGCAAAUCCGUACUUUAGCCUGGUUUAACUCCCUGAAGCAGGCAUUAAUGUCCACUUGGAAAACAACUCUACAAAUUUAUGUUGGCAGAAAAAAUGUCUCCAUUUAAACAAACGUUGUUUAUUACUUAUAGAAUUCCGAAUAUUUUUUAGCGUGAAAAUUCAUAUAAUAGACAAGAGAAUAUAAGCCUUUUGCAUUCUCUUAUUAAAAAAAAUUAACUGUAUAUGAAUUUUAUAUUCCCAGGAUGGAAAACUAACAGCAGAUGAGUUUGUCACAAGUCAUGAGAUCUUUGCCGGAAGCUACGUCACACAGUUUGGUCAAACAUAUCACGACGAGUUUUAA